ACUUAUAUGUUAUAUCAAGACUGAGCAGUAUUUUAUGGGUGAAAAUAAGGGUGAAAAUAUAUGAAAGGUACAAGAUUUUAACUCGCCAGAAGUAAAUGUUAUAUGAUUGAUAAUUAUGAUUUUCAAGAUGCAGCAUGAAAGAGUUUAGAUUUAAAAGACCUCAUCGCAUUUUAUAGUUUGGAAGUAUAUCUUUUGAGAUCUUGUUUCUAUGAUCCUCAUGAUGCAGCAUCCAUGCAAAGUUUACCGCAAGGUUGAUACUCACGUUUAUUAGCAGAGUAACGAUAAUUCUUUCAGCACGUCGUAUAAAACCAGUACGAUCCGUUAUACCCUAACAGAGCUGGAAAAUCCUUGGCGAAGCAGUCGUGUCAAAGCAACAGGAAGAACGUCGUCAUCGCAAUGAAAAACGACUCACCGUUUGGAAGCAUCAUGUUCUUUGUGAUCUUCCUAUUAUUUGUGGAGAUAUCAGACGCGAAACCUAUUGAGUACGAAGACAUUGCGAAUCUGUUACCAACGGAACCUCAGACUACGAACGAUACAUUGGCAGCUAUUGUGCGAGAUCCGGUGGUGCAAGAUGCUGUGCAAAAUGCGGUCGGCAAUGGAUCCUUACAAGGCUUGGUGGUAAAGAAGAAAGUGCUUGUUAUGCCUGCCACUGAACCUACUAAGGUAUACACUUUAUGCUAUUCUUUUUUAUACGCUAUUAAUUGUGUAAAUAUUAAUUUAACAUUUUUCUACACCCACUUGACUAGAGAACACGAUGUUCAAGAAUCUUUUAUUAACGGCAACGGGCCACGUCGAAGUGUGAUCAAUCCUUUAUACAGGGAAAGCCAAGAUAUUUCGUCCUAUGCAGCGCAGCAUAACGAUUUCUACGAAGCAACCGAGACAUCUAAAACUACGGAGAAGCCGCUUUUUAUCGAUAACAUACCGCGAGAAAUUCCAUAUCUCGUGCCAAACCCGAGCCAGGAAACGCCACCGGAACAUCCCGCAAUAUCGGUACCAAUCAUCGCGUUCCUCGAUCCCGCAAGAAUUUCUAAUGAUAAAAUUGAAAACGUGCCAAUCGCGGCAGUAUUAUCAAAACAAGAUGGAACCUUGAAGAAUCAAUUGGAGAACGGACGCGACGAAAUUCAACGAAAUGUUCAAAAUUAUGUCGACGAGAGCUCGUGGAGCGUAGAUCCCAAUAAUUGGCAACUCAGUUCGUCUCCUUCCGAGAUGGAAGUAUCAUCUUCACUGUACGAGCCGACAACACAGACCAUGUACGCGAAUAAUGUUAAUCCUGAAAAUUUAUUACCAAUUACAAUGUCUCAUAUUGAUAUUGUAACACCACUCUUUUGGACUUCGGAUGUGGAUAUUAACUAUCCCAAAGAUCCGCGCGAUAUGGAAGUCGCCGCGGAUAUUGUCUUCAGGCCGCUUUUCAGAUACCGACAAGAGAUGCAGCGAAGAGCCUAUAGAAAGUCAGCUUAUCGAAGAUACAAUUCUUACAAUUCUUAUCCGAGACGUGGUUACCGAUACAGACCUCGAUAUUCUGACGAUUAUUAUUAGUACUUUAAUGGUAGUGAAUGGUGUUCUCGUUAUUAAAAUCUUGACACAAUUUAAGAAAAUAAUAAUCUUUUAUUAUAUUAAAUAACAGCCUCAAGUUGAACGCAAAACUGCGAAUUAUUAAAUUUACCGCUUAUAGUGAUUUUUAUACUGUUAAUUCGAUUUUCUUCAAUAAAAAUUUGAAUGAUAAAAUGCGCUAGACUAGUGUCUGACUUCAUAAAUAAUUAUUAAUAACGUUGACAUAAUUGUUAAAUAAAAAAUAAAUUAUAUUUCUAAAACGAUAGUUUUAAGCUUUGCCAUUUAAUUCCAUCCUUUCUUCCAAAUACAUUAUAAUGAACGGUAUGAUGUUUAAAUAAGCAAUCGCAUAUAUAAUUAUUUGUUACCAUCAAUUUUAAUUGACUCGCAACUCAGUUAUACGUCAUAGUCGAAUUAAACAUAUCACAGCAGAAUUAAACCUGACAUCCUCGGAGAAUAUUAUUGCCGGUCUUCAGAUAAACACGUUUUCUCAUGUAUGGAUUCUUCAGGAGAGAAAAUGAGUAGAUAUGUUAA